CCCUUUCUCACGCUAAAAAUUCCUAUUUUAGGAUGCAAUCGAACUAUUGUCACCCAAGAUGUGCCAUCUGGAAGAUUCACAAGUCCAAACUUCCCGAAUCCUUACGACCAUAAUUCGACAUGCACAACUCGACUAGAGGCUCCAGCACAUAAACGAAUUCUGAUAGUAUUCCGAAGUUUCGACUUUGAACGAGGGCGUGUGAGCUUUUAUCGCACAAACGGCUCACGGUUGGCGCUUUAUAAUUGGCGACGUCGAGUAUUCAUGAGAUCUUGCGAUUUCGACUUUUUGAAGAUAAAUGAACCAGGAAGGAACUCUACAGGGCCGAUGUGUGGGCGAGGUCUCCCGUCCACGUACUUCUCCUGGGGUAACAGCGUUGAGGUAUUUAUGCAAACUGAUCACAAUAUGGCAACGGAAGGGUAUGAUCUGAAUUACUUUACUGGCAAGAUGCAUGAUGACGGUACUAUUGAUUUCGCACCUUCUUACGAUCUGGAAGGAGCUAUUACUAAUAUUGGUUAUCCACGAGGGUACAAUACCUCGACGAAAUCUUCGUGAGU